AUGUCUUUGAUGGACCAUCCAGAUACAAGGACUGACACCAAUACCCCUCCACACACUCCUCUGCCUGAUGCUCUGUCCACUGUUGACUGGACCACUGGGGGAUCUGGCUUAUCAUUCACAGUCACUACCUCAGCUCCUCAAGGGGGCACAACUCUCCAAGAACACCCUUUAGAGACUACAAUCAGCCCAGCCGCCUCCCAGCUGCUCUUCUCUACAGGAGGCAUUACAACUGGGGUCACAUCUGAUGCAAUGAAAAAAUUCACCUCCUCUAGCAGGACAGCCAAGCCAAGCCCUGCUCACUUCACAUCUACUCCCAACACAUCUACGCAGAGCAGCACCAGCCCCUCUACCUCCGUUCUUGGGACAGAAUCAACAGGAAAGACCCUCACCAACCAAACAGAUGCCCCUUGGGCAACAUCACAGGAUACACUCACACUGGACUCAUCAACCACAGAUUCCUGGGCAGGGACUCAGAGUUUUCCACACUCAGAGAUGACCACUCUUAUAAGCGAAGAUUCCAAGGGCUACAUCACAAAGUACAUUCACCUUGGACACAUCGACUGCAGCAUCCUGGACAGUGAGUCCAUCAGUUGUAACUCAGGAUUUUCCACACUCAAGGAUGACCACUCUCAUGAGUACCAGUUCUGA